AUGAAAAAAAAGGGUGCCCAGCAGGCGAAGCCUUGCAAAGGACAUGGGCGUAUGCGAAACAGGCGAAGCUUAUCAAGUGUAGCGAGGCUUGUGUGGGAAGGGACACGGGAUCGGGGGCUGCAUGAGGGGGGUAUUUUUGCGUGUUCGAGGUAG